UACGUGAAGCAGCGGAUAUAUCGCGCGAGGCGAGCGAGGGAGCGAGCGAGAGCAGCCACCGCGAAUUGGUUCGUCUCGGAGGAAUCCUCCGUACUUUCGGGGCCGUUUCGAGAGUGACUGCGGAAAAUUCUCGUGAAACCCCCGAAAGCCCGGUAGGCUGGAUAACCAAGCUCAUCGACGGACCGUUGGCCUGUUAUGCGGCGAUAAACCUCCACGGGAAAAUCGUAGUAGUAAGUAGUAGGAAGCGGACGAUCACUCAUCAGGCUCACACAAACAGUAUGUCUGGGCAUAGAGGUGGUGGAGGCCCCGGAAGCCAUCACGGUGGCCCACCAGGUCUCAAACAAAUCGACCUCGACCAGAUCUGGGGGGACCUGCGAGAAGGCAUCGAGCAAGUUUACAACAGACAAUCCAUGUUCAGGCCCAGAUACAUAGAAUUGUAUACACAUGUAUAUAAUUACUGUACGAGUGUACAUCAACAGCUAACGAGAACGUCUUCUAAAAGCAAAAAAGGCCAAAUUUCCACCGGAGGUGCACAGUUGGUCGGCUUGGAAUUGUAUAAACGCCUGCGUGAUUUCCUCAGAAAUUACCUGGUCAAUUUAUUAAAACAUGGUAUCGACUUAAUGGACGAGGAUGUGCUGCAGUUUUACACAAGACAAUGGGAGGAGUAUCAGUUCAGCAGUAAAGUACUGAAUGGAGUAAGCGCUUAUUUAAAUCGUCAUUGGGUGCGCCGGGAGUGUGAAGAAGGACGUAAAGGAAUUUAUGAGAUUUAUCAGUUGGCUUUGGUCACGUGGAGAGAUAACUUAUUUAAACAUCUAAAUAGACAAGUAACAAAUGCGGUGCUGAAAUUAAUAGAACGCGAGAGAAACGGAGAGACAAUAAAUACACGAUUAGUGAGCGGAGUGAUAAACUGUUACGUAGAGUUGGGUCUCAACGAAGAAGAUCCUGUUGCAAAAGGACAGAAUCUCACGGUGUACAAGGAUUCCUUUGAAAAUAUUUUCCUCGAGGAUACCGAAAGGUUUUACACUCGAGAGAGUUCAGACUUCCUUAGGCAAAAUCCUGUAACGGAAUAUAUGAAGAAGGCCGAACAGAGGAUAUUAGAGGAGCAGAAACGCGUCCAGGUAUAUCUACAUCAGACGACGCUCGAAAGGUUAGCCAAAACCUGCGAAAGGGUGCUCAUCGAGAUUCAUCUGGACAUUUUCCACUCGGAGUUUCAGAACUUAUUAGAUGCUGAUAAGAACACAGAUUUGGGCAGAAUGUAUCAGUUGGUAGCGAGGAUACCGAAUGGCUUGGGGGAGCUGCGAAAUCUCCUAGAAAUCCACAUUGCUAAUCAGGGAUUGGCAGCCAUUGACAAAUGUGGUGAUUCCGCUGCUAAUGACCCUAAGGUUUACGUAAACACUAUUUUGGAGGUGCACAAAAAAUAUAAUGCUUUGGUAUUGGUUGCAUUUAAUAACGACAGUGGUUUCGUGGCAGCCCUUGAUAAGGCCUGCGGUCGAUUUAUCAACAGUAACUCCGUCACCAGGGCGGCCAACAGUAGUAGCAAGUCGCCGGAACUGCUGGCUAAGUACUGCGAUUUGUUGCUGAAAAAGAGCAGUAAAAAUCCGGAAGAGGCUGAACUCGAGGAUACCCUAAAUCAAGUCAUGGUAGUAUUCAAGUAUAUCGAAGACAAGGAUGUGUUCCAAAAGUUCUACAGCAAAAUGCUAGCAAAACGAUUGGUGCAACAUAUGUCUGCUAGUGAUGACGCAGAGGCCUCGAUGAUUUCCAAGCUGAAGCAGGCUUGUGGUUUUGAGUACACUUCGAAACUCCAGCGAAUGUUCCAGGAUAUUGGAGUUUCAAAGGAUUUGAACGAACAGUUUCGAAGACAUCUGACGAAUUCCGCUGAGCCUUUAGACAUUGACUUCAGUAUACAAGUACUGUCAUCUGGCUCGUGGCCAUUCCAGCAAUCCUUCACAUUCUCCUUACCCACCGAGCUGGAGAGGUCUGUGCACAGGUUUACUGCAUUUUACAGUUCGCAGCAUAGUGGCAGAAAAUUAAACUGGCUGUAUAAUAUGUCAAAGGGGGAGUUGCUUACGAAUUGCUUUAAAAAUAGGUAUACGCUACAAGCAUCGACUUUCCAAAUGGCAGUUUUAUUACAAUACAACGGCUCCACAAUAUGGACGAUACAGCAGCUGCAUGACGCCACGCAAAUCAAAAUGGAUUUUCUAAUACAAGUAAUUCAGAUCCUUUUAAAAGCGAAAUUGUUAACGGCAGCUACAGAUGACGAAGCCGAGUUAACGCCACUUUCCACGGUGGAACUUUUUACGGGAUAUAAGAAUAAAAAGUUAAGAGUUAAUAUCAAUAUACCAAUGAAAACGGAACUGAAGGUGGAGCAGGAAACCACACACAAGCAUAUAGAGGAGGAUCGGAAGUUGCUGAUCCAGGCAGCUAUUGUCAGGAUCAUGAAAAUGAGGAAAGUCUUGAAGCAUCAGCAAUUAGUGGCUGAGGUUCUUAAUCAAUUGAGCUCCAGGUUCAAGCCAAGAGUGCACGUUAUAAAAAAAUGUAUAGAUAUUUUAAUAGAGAAAGAAUAUCUGGAACGGACGGAAGGUCAGAAAGACACGUAUAGCUAUCUGGCAUGAUGUGCCACGGUGAAAGAACUCCGCAGCAGCUUUCGCGUUAGCAAGAGCACCAUCGACAGCAGAAGCAGGGUGCACUUAGUGCGAAGAGGCUGGAGCUACUUCGCUGUCAUUGACCUGACACUAUAUAUUUAUUUAAAACGUCGCCGAUCGAUUCUCUCCUCUUCUGUACAUGGAUGCCCCUGUACCGCGUUGUCCCCUCUGGUCGCAUUUAGAAACUGAUUUUUAUAUAUAUGUAUAUAUGUAUAUAAUAUAUGCAUAUAUAUAUAUACAUAUAUAUAAGAUGUUAAUAAAAAUGGUUUCAUUGGCCACCUCGUUGUCUUAGGUGUGUUAUUGUUCACAAGAGGGUUUUUCGCUCCAUUGGUGAGCACUACUCGUGUAACUUGUACAUUCUGCUUCGGUGGUGGCUGUAGCAAAGCGACUAGUUGGACCGAUCACCUUGAGGUGUCAAAUUGUACCUACGGAGAGAAGGGCUGAGUGUAAGUCCGGCGAAGACCUCUUUGCUGAGAGCUUCGAAUGCCUUCCAGAGGUUUCCAGUGGGCUUUCGAUGUUUCCAACGUGGAGUCUAGAGGACUGCGGAGAGAGUUUGGAAAUCGAGGAGGUAUUUGUGACAAAAAUUUGUUGUUCUCAAAGACUGUGUAAAUGACCUCGAUGGCUUUCCGGGGAGUUUGAAGAUUUCCAAGGUGGCUUCGGGAAGCUUUAGGGGACGUUUCGGUGAAUGUAAAGGCGUCUAAGUGAUUCGAAAGGGAAACUUGCGAAAUGUUCAAAGAGGUCUGCAUCGAAGAGGGUUAACUUGGCCUUAGGUUACGUCGAAGGCUUCGGUGACUAGAUAUAAUGUACUUAUAUGUCUCGCAGGGAAAUGACACACACGUGAUUGUCGCCAGAUCGUUUGUGAUUCGAUAUCGUCGGACGAGGGUUAGAUGGGAAAUGAUUGUACAUUAUUUCUGUGUUAAUUAAGCAAUAUGUACUAUAUUGUAUCCUUAUCAUCUGUGAUCGUGGUACUCGUCGUAUACUGAGUUGCCAUUCUUACACUUAAAAGUUUAUAUCACUUCUACUCGAAAACCAUUUGGCUGGAUGUCUUUUUGCAAUUUAUUAAUAUCUCUUUGGUUAUGUCGUAAUGAAUUCUUCGCCUUUGGCUAGAUUCGAUUUGUUUACCAUUUAUUUCGAGGUGAUUCAAGUUUACACUUGUCAGUUUUUGAUAUACAAUCUUUUUUUUUCAAAUGAUGGAAAUUUUGCUCGCUUAUGCAUAAAUGUAAUAUUGUAACAAAUGGUUACCAUUAGGUCUCUGACGAAUUGUUUGUAGCGUAGUGAGAUUAUAUAUGUACACGCGAAGUGCUGAAAAUCUUUUGUAACUAUAAUUACCCAUUGUUCUUAUGUUACUGUUACGUUAAUAUUUUGUUAUUGUUGUUAACGACUUGUGGCAAUCACGUGGCUGUUGUAAAGGAAAUAUGUCAACCUCGAAAUUAGUUCUUUUAUCUGCGAUUUAAUGGUAAUUAUCGGGGAUAAGAAGUUACGCAGGACGAAACACUCCUGCUCGUCACACUUUUCUCCACACAUGAAGUGUCUAUUUUAAAAUACAAUACAAAAUUUAUAACCUAUACAUCUUCGUGUAUAAAUAAAAGAAACACUAGAUUUUGUAACAUUUUUA